CCGGCUCGGGCUCGGGCUCCAGCUCGGGCUCAGGCUCUAGCUCCGGCUCCGGCUCCAGCUCCAGCUCCAGCUCCCGGCUGCCGCCACCACCGCCACCUCUAGACCGGGAGGGCCCGGCUGGCCCCUGCGGAGCCCCCGAGCCUUGGGGCUUUGACCUGACCACCCUGUCCCUAGCCCCCAGGACACCAUGCUUUCAGCCAAGGAGAAGGCCAAGGGUCCAAAGGACAGCAUGACGCUCCUACCGUGCUUCUACUUUGUGGAGCUCCCCAUUGUUGCCUCCUCCAUCGUGACCCUUUACUUCUUGGAGCUCACCGACCUCUUCAAGCCAGCCAAGGUGGGCUUCCAGUGCUACGACCGGACCCUGUCCAUGCCCUAUGUGGAGACCAGUGAGGAACUCAUCCCACUGCUCAUGCUCUUAAGCUUGGCUUUUGCUGCCCCAGCUGCUUCUAUCAUGGUCGGGGAAGGCAUCGUGUACUGCCUCCAGUCCAAGCUGAAGGGCCGCACCAAUGCGGAGGGCAGCAUCAAUGCAGGUGGCUGCAACUUCAAUUCCUUCCUCCGCCGGACAGUCCGCUUUGUAGGAGUCCAUGUAUUUGGCCUGUGUGCUACUGCCCUGGUCACUGACAUCAUCCAGUUGGCCACCGGCUACCAUGCCCCCUUCUUCUUAACGGUAUGCAAGCCCAACUAUACCUUGCUGGGCAUCUCCUGUGAUGCCAACCCUUACAUCACCCAGGACAUCUGUUCCGGCCAGGAUGCCCAUGCCAUUCUCUCUGCCAGGAAGACCUUCCCAUCCCAGCAUGCCACCCUUUCGGCUUUCGCAGCUGUCUAUGUAUCGAUGUACUUUAACUCCAUCAUCUCCGAUAGCACCAAGCUGCUCAAACCCAUCCUGGUGUUUGCCUUCGCUAUUGCAGCCGGGGUCUGCGGCCUCACCCAGAUCACCCAGCAUCGCAGCCACCCCAGUGACGUCUACAGUGGUUUCCUCAUUGGCGCUGGCAUUGCUGCCUAUCUGGCCUGCCAUGCAGUGGGUAACUUCCGGCCCCCACUGGAGAAGCCCCCUGCCCCAGCCCCAGCCAAGGAUGCCCUCCGGGCCCUGACGCAGAGAGGCCACGACUCGGUCUACCACCAGAACAAGUCGGUCAGUACGGAUGAGCUGACGCCCCAGACCAGGCUGGAGGGCGUGCCCCGGCCAGUGCCUCGAGAGAAGACGUCGCUGGGCAGCCUCAAACGGGCCAGCGUGGACGUGGACCUCCUGGCCCCUCGGAGCCCCAUGGGCAAAGAGAACAUGGUCACCUUCAGCAACACCCUGCCCCGCGUCAAUACGCCCUCCCUGGACGACCCUGCCCGGCGUCACAUGACCAUCCACGUGCCCCUGGAUGCCUCCCGCUCCAAGCAGCUCAUCACGGAGUGGAAACAGAAAUCCCUGGAGGGGGGCCGGGCCCUGGCUCUGGCUGAGGAGGUCGGCCCGGGCCACCUCCGAGGGGCUGCCGAGCCCAUGGCUGAGGAAGAAGAAGAAGAGGAAGAAGAAGAAGAGGAGGAAGAGGAAGAAGAGGAGGAGGACGGAGGCCCCAUCCCACCUUCCCUAUACCCUACCGUGCAGGCCCGGGCUGGGGCUGAGAGGCCAGGCCUCGGGCCCCGGGUGCUCUUGCCACCUCGAGCCGGGGCGCCGCCAUUAGUGCACAUCCCCGAGGAGAGUCAAGCCGCCGGCGGCCCAGCCACUGCCAGCCUCUCCCCCAAGAGCGGCUCAGCCGUGCGGGCCAAGUGGCUCAUGAUGGCCGAGAAAGGGGGAGCUUCGGUCACAGCCCCACCUCGGGUGGCCAACCCACCUCGGCUCCUGCAGGUCAUCGCCAUGUCCAAGGCGCCGGGCCUGCCGGGAGGGCCGCCGGGCCCGAAGGCGGCCGAAACGGCUUCCUCGUCGAGCGCCAGCUCCGACUCUUCCCAGUACCGCUCGCCCUCAGAGCGGGACAGCGGCAGCAUCGUCACCAUCGACGCCCACGCCCCCCACCACCCCGUCGUGCACCUCUCUUCCGGCAACGGGCCCUGGGAGUGGAAGGCGGCCUCCGGGGCGAAAGCAGCGGAGCUCGGAAGCGACACCUACGAGCUCGGGGAGCUGGCGGGCCGCGAUUACCGUGCCGGGGGCAGCUUCCGGGCCAGCAAGCCUCCGGGGGUGUCCCCUGGAUCCUCCAUCAGCGACAUGGACCAGGAGGAGCCGCCGCGUUUCACCGGCGUGGCCACCGUCAACCUGGCCACAGGCGAGGGGAUGCCGACCCCGGGCGAUGGGGUGCUGGGACCCACCAGCAGAGAAUCCACCCUUCGACGGAAACCUGGCAGCCUGGCGCUGGCCGAAAGAGACGGGCACGGAGAAGCCGAGGCGGAAAAUUACUACAAGAAGAUUCCAGCCGGCCGCCGGUUUAAGGACUAAACCCCCCCCCUGGAUCCCGGCGGUCACUGCCCACCGGCUUGUGCUCCCAGGCCCAGGGAGACGCGGGCGCGCGCUCUCUCUCUCGGUGCUCAGGGCGUGGAGCCAGCCAUUCACACUGUGGGGAGACCUGUUGCCCAGGGGACCAGGAGAUGCUAAAGAGGGCCGGGGAGGGGAAUCUGCUUCAACCACGCCUCUCUAGCCCUUAGGGCCUGUAGAGGCAUGGGGAAAAGGGGGGACGUAAGGCCCCCGUGGGGUGGGAGGGGACACACUGAACCCUAUCAAAGGGGUAACUGUAAAUAGAAAACUGGGGGGAAGUGGGGGUAGGGAUAGGGGCUUGGGGCAUUGCUCCUGGGGUGGUGUGGGUCUGGGUGGGAGGGAACCUGGGGUCUAGAAGGCAGAGUCCAGCACUGAUUAGAAGAUAUAAUAAAAUAUACAGUUUGGUCAAAAAUAAAGAUUUACAAACACCA